AUGACAUCUACUCCCCCUCUGCUGCCCGAGCUUGCUGCUCUCACCAGCGACGACUCUAUGCUCACUAGACGUUUCGGCAAGGAAAUCAUCAACUACUAUGCUGGUAGUCGACUGAACCGCUACUCAUUCCUCCGGUCAGAUGCCGCCUUUCUGAACAAAGCUGCUACAAGUUCCGUUGCGCGCUUUGUCGCAUUGAAGGACUUGAACCCUCUUGUGGUCGAGAAGCGAAAGCUUGCGCUGUUCACAUAUGACGAUGUCAAGCCGCUUAUCCAGGAACCAUUCAAGCUAGCUGAUGCACAGAGGACGAAGAACUACGAUUCCACAGCAGGACCCUCCGUGCUGAUUGUAUUCCUGGGCACAGUGGAUGGCGGUGAUGUCAUUUUUCAAACUUCGGAGCAUGGAGAGGUCAAGGGCAAGCCUUUUUUCGCACUUGAUAUAACACCCAAGGGCCAGCGCAAGGACCUCGCAGAGACAUGGCUGAAGGCACAAGAGGAAAAGGGACUGUGGAUAGCAACAGACACAAGGAGCCUAUCGUUGCAUUCAGAAGAUGGCAAGUCAUUUCCCACGUCACUUCUAUCGCCUACGCUAACUCCGGCAAUAGCUGCCAUGUUUUCCCAAGCCCGCUCAAUAAUCGACUGGAACACCCGCAACGUCUUCUGCGCUGGCUGCGGCAACCCCAACCUAUCUGUUGAAGCGGGCUACAAACGCAUCUGUCCGCCGACCGACCUCAAGGGAAACUCUGAAGCAAUCGAACUCCCGGAUUGUCCAACACGCCACGGAGUGUCCAACGUCUGCUUCCCCCGAACUGAUCCAACCAUGAUUGCAGCUGUGGUGUCCGCUGAUGGCCAACGUAUCCUCCUGGGCCGGCAGGCCCGCUGGCCUCCCUACUGGCAUAGCACACUUGCGGGAUUCCUGGAACCCGGCGAAUCCAUUGAGGAGGCUGUGCGUCGGGAAGUGUGGGAAGAAGCUGGUGUGCGUGUAGGUCGGGUGGUUGUGCAUUCUACACAACCAUGGCCAUACCCAUCUUCCCUGAUGAUUGGCGCCAUCGCGCAAGCUCUGCCAGGCGACGGGGAGAAAAUCAACUUGAACGACAAAGAACUGGAGAGCGCAAGGUGGUUUACCGUUGAAGAGGUCGGGACGGCGCUCGCGCAGACCGCGGGUGCUCUCGGCGCACCUCCUCCAAAGGACUACAACGAAGGUGAUUUGAGAGUGCCGCCGCCUCAGGCUAUUGCGAAUAGAUUGAUGACGGCUGUGGUGGAGGGGUACCUGUUGAGCAGCCCCAAGAUCUGA